UAUGCUCACAGUGUAUCAAUAGACCUCUUCCAUCUCAAUAGAAAGAGCCGCAGCCACAGAGCCUGACUAGCUUGUAUCCCGGUGUCUUGGCUCAUCUCCCAAGCGACGCCAGCUGUCUUUGCACAAAAGCAGCUCUUGCUAUCAGCCGGAGAAUAGCGUCGGUCUCGACUCGCACAAGGAACGGCAUGACCGGAGCGGACCUCCUCCCUCCGAUGCGGGAUGUGACCUCUCAGUUUCUCUCUGCUUGUCAAGGGCUGCAGUUCGGGGAGAUGGUCAAGAUCCCGGAUUUGGGGAUGAUGGAGGCUAUGAACGCUCUGGUCAUGCUGGACCCUCGUAUGGAUAGCGGGUGUUCGAGCAGUAACGAUGAGGAUAACGAGAAGGCAGAAGACGAGCUCUGCGGGUUGGACCUUAGUCCCGCGGUCGUGUGCGAGAUUAUGGAUAGGUUGAUGCGGCUCGAGAUGACCUACCAUACCGGAGCCCCCCUCGUCCAAACCCUCUUUACAUCCCGGUACCUCCUCCAGCUCAAUCCGCUCACCUCCCCCUUAUUACAAGCCCAAUCCGGAACGGACAACAACCUGUUAUAUCACGUCAUCAUCCCCUACAUGCACGCACUCAGGUUGUGCAUGUAUCUCGUCUGGAACGAACUCACCAGGGGGCAUGUUUACGACGGGGAGGAUUUCAUGAGCGAUACGGCUGGGUUGUGGGAGGGCGGGAAAGAGUGGUCGGUGCCCCGGUUACACGAGAGGGGGAGAGGAGGGAAUGGGAUGAGAGCUGGAAGUGCAGGUGCAGGUAUGAGAGAGGAGGAAGGGAUGGACAUCUUGGGGUAUGAUGAGUGUGAUUUGAUGUUGGAGGAUGUCGUGGAGCGGAUAGACGCUGGAGUCGAGUGGUUGGAUUCGGCAGGAUACCCGGAGGAAGAGGUCGCACAGCUCAGGGCUCGGAUAGGGUUCCGAAAGAACUUAUUAUCACAUCUGAUCGUCGUUCUCGCGGCCUCUUACGAAACAAUGCCCAUCCCGUACCCAACGAAGCCCAUCUCAGAAUCAUACCAUACCCUCGAACCUUUCCUCACCCGCCCGACUGCCAUGAACGAAGAGGAACAGGCUAUGGUCGACCGAACAUUUGAUGGAGCAGUCUAUGCGAGGUUUAGGCAGAUCAUGCCGCUGCCCAAGAUUGAGAUUUUGGAGGGCAAACGGUUUACGGACAGGUUGGGGGAUCUGGUGAGGGAUAUGGAAUUGUGCGAGAGAUUGGCUCGGGAUGGGGACCUUGAUGAGUGGGAGCGAGAGUUGAUUGCGCUGUCUGUGGGAGAACGGCCGACUUUGCCUUUCGUGCGGUCGUGCUUGGUGUCAAACCUCACCCCUACACCGAUAACCCUCGUCACAGGGUUGGCACUACCAAGAAGCGCCAUCCGCGACCACUUCUUCAAGCAAGCCGGUAUCGGUCUUGAUGAGCUGGAACAGAUUGGGGAGGUGAUCGCGAUGGACGAUCCGGCUGCCGGGCGGGAUUUCGAGCGGUGGCAGAAAUUGCUCAGCGGGCACUGGCUAGGGUACCUUUUGAACCUGCUGCAUAACCGUUCGCGAACGCGGCGGAGUUUAUUGUCAUCGAUGGAGAACUGGGACGACCUUCGUGGAAAAUUACCACGUAGCCCGGCCUUCCGUCAGACCGACUUGGACACCUUGGAGAAAGCGCUCGAGAGACAAAGGUUGUUCAUGGGUCUACUAGGCAUGUUGGGCGGGCUUGAUAACGAGCUCUGGCCACCGGGACCUGUUGGGCGGGGCGAGGAUGGGAAGCUUGGAGCUGGGGGACAGCCGGAACAGCUGGCGAUGAUCUUUUGGUGGAUCAAGAACAUCGCUGAGCGUUAUCUCGAAAUCGUCGAACCCGGCGAGUCUAUCAAGGCGGAUGAUUGGAAGACGUUGUGGAUGUCGUCCUGGUCACGCAUCUCCAACGGGAUGUUUCUGGCACUCUCCUCAAUCGAACAGCGCGAGCUCAAAUCAAUACAUGCGGCUCCGCCAGCAGGGAAAUCGAGAAUGCUUCGCCCCCGUACUAAAGACAUUUUCGAUAUCAGAUUUAAGCACUUUACGGGAGCCGGUCCAAGCCUGCUCGGUCGGGAACGUCUCACGGCUUGUUGGUCGCAAUGGCGGACAGAGUGGACGAGCCUUAAGACAAAUCCAUAUGAGAAAGAAAUCCCCGGGGCGGCGUUUGUCCAUCAAGCAAUCGCAGUGCUAGAGUCGCUUGUCGAGACGCUGCACGGUGGGCUCUUUAAGACUUUGUGCAUUACAGUUGGUGAACGAUUGGAAUCUCUGCUGGUCUUUCUUUCGAAUCCAGAAAGGGUCCACAUGGCAAUGCCGAGUCUGACGCAACUAGAGGGGGACUGCCUGCCAUGUUUUCUGCUGUGGAUCCCGGUAACAUCAACAAAACCUGGAUCCGGAUAGAUAAGCAGGUCAGGGCGUAUUGUGGCUCUUCAUGGAUGCCGCUUUACGGCCGAUGACAACCUCCCCAAAAGACCAUUUUGCAAAACCGCGCCAAAGCAGAGACAAGCAAAUGAAAGCGAUAGUCAAUAGCGAGAACAAGGCGAACCGCUCGUGUACAGGACAAGGAGAAAGCUGGACCAGGCGAUGAUUAGUAAGGGCUGAUGAGAUGACAUCCGCAAAGCACGACAGCGGACACCUUCUAUGGUUGAGAUGCUCGACGUGAAUAUUACCGUUUCUGCUGUCGAGCCUGAUUUCUCUGAUCCGUUCUUCAUGCCUUGCAAUUUGUUGUACUGCAUCACUCGCAUAUAUGGAACAUCCGGACAAUCACGUUGGAAGCUUUCCC